UCCUAUGAAAUAACAUGAUUUGAACUAGUUAAAAUUAUUAACUAAACAAUAUGACACCUACAAAUUAUAAUAUAAGAUUAAUUAAUGUUGAACAUUUGAUUAUUUUUUUUAUCGUUACAUCAAUCACAUGUACCAUACACGACAUACAAAAUGAAUGUAUCAAAUACGAUCUAAGAAUUUAGUAAACAAGCCUAGCUCGAACUCGACUCGACUCGUUAAUAAAUGGCUCGAGCUCAGCUCAUUUGUUAACGAGUCAAGCUCAAGCUGGGAUAAAACUCAGCUGAGCUCGACUUAUUUGGAGCUCUAGUGGAGGGCCCGAAGGGCUCAUGCAACUGAACCCCAAUAUAUAUAUAUAUAUAUAUAUAUAUAUAUAUAUAUUUUUUUUUCCGAUAUGAGUUAUGAAAUGUAAUUAUGUGAUGGCUAAAAUCUAUAUGAUGGGUGAAGAGAUGUAUAAAUGCAAAGAAGUGUUAGGAAUAGUUGAGAGUAGAGAUUCUCGUGAAAUUGCUCUGAGUGUUGUGAGUUGUGUGAAUAAUUCUCUUUACCUUAGUGCUUUUGAAGAAGAUAAUGAAGUUGAUCCGUGCUCUAGUUAUGUAAAGGGUUUUGCGUUUCACCUAAAGGAACUCAACAUGGAAUUAGUAGCAUUGAAAUAAUAAAAUCCUAGUAAAUUAGGUCUCAAAGCUAGAACCUAUGAGUCGAGACAUAAGCGAUAGGAUGAACUCGGUUAACAAAAAUCACGUGUCAUUAUUUACUUGUGUAGAAUAUACUUUCUCUGGUUUACCUUUUCGGAUUGCAAGUACCCUGGUCUUCAAACGAGUGUGAAUGUUUUCUCUAGGCCCCUCGGAUGAUUGGGUCGUGGCUUGUAGCUGGGCACAAAACAAUCUCAUUGAAGAAGACGAGUUCUAAAUACACGGUUUCAGAUAGGAGUUAAAAGAUGAAACUGCGUAGUUGAGAACAUAGUUAGUAAAUAUUUCGUUUAAUAUACGUAUGUGUACCCGUACGUACUUUAUCCGUUUAAAAUUUAUGUAUCCGUAUUAUUGUCAAACCGUUUCAUUUUCCCGUUAAUUUGAUGGCUCCCGUACUAAACACGUAUAAAACCCGUAUAACACGUUUAAUAUCCAUAUUUAAUGAAUCAAAUUGUUAACUUUACGAUCAUUUAUAUAUUUAAAAUAAUUAAUUUAAUAUACUAUUAACAUACUAUUAAACGUACUAUUAAUUUAGAGAUAAAAUAAAAUACACACGUACUUAACUUUUCCGUAUUGUAUUUUACUAACUAUGGUCCGCAAAAGAGCUUAAGUUAAAGACUUAAAGUUCACCGCCGGACGAAUCUCAGACACCCAAAUUGACCGCAGCACGACGUCGCUUCAUCCAGCAGCAGCACUCAUCGUCUUCUCCGUCAGCCUUGAGAAAGAAAAUGACAUAACAGCUUUUAGCUUUCACCGCCGGGGAAACCGCGGAGCGGCGACUCGAACCCCCAAUUUGACCGCUCGGCCUCCGAUCCAGCUGUCUCAAAUUCUCCCGUUCAAGAAAAAAAUGGAAUCCCUAUCUGCUUCGAAAUGGACAAAUUCCCUCCUUUAUUUGUCCUUGAUACUCUCCACCCUCUUCCUCUUUCACUCCCAAAUCGCCACCAGGUUGCUCGUCGGCCACCACCCGCUGCGCCUGAAGCGCUCCCCGGAUCUCCCUCUCCGGUUUCGCGACGACGGCACCUUCAAGAUCCUCCAGGUCGCCGAUAUGCAUUUCGGGACCGGGAUGGUGACCCGGUGCAGAGAUGUGCUGCCUUCCGAGUUCGACUACUGCUCCGACCUCAACACCACUCGCUUUCUCCGGCGGAUCAUCGAGCUCGAGAAGCCUGACUUCAUCGCUUUUACAGGAGAUAAUAUCUUUGGAAGUAGUACAACUGAUGCUGCUGAAUCCUUGCUUCGUGCAUUUGGUCCAGCCAUGGACUCUGAAAUUCCAUGGGCAGCAGUGUUGGGUAACCACGACCAGGAAUCUACAAUGACACGGGAAGAGUUGAUGUCUUUUAUAUCGCUUAUGGAUUACUCAGUGUCACAAGUCAAUCCGCCGGCUGAAGUAGCUGCUAAUUACGUGGAGUUGCCGAAAAGGAGACGAAUUGAUGGCUUUGGGAACUACGAUCUCCAAGUAUAUGGUCCUCCUGGUUCUAGGUUGGCAAAUGACAGUGUAAUGAAUCUCUACUUCCUUGACAGUGGAGAUAGAGAAGUAGUCCAAGGGAGACGUACUUACGGGUGGAUUAAAGAAUCUCAACUUCAAUGGCUUCGUGAUGUUUCGAAGCGAAAUAAGGACCAGAUUGAGAAUCUCAAUCACAUGACAGAGGGUUUAAGGAUGGCUGCAAAUCCUGCACUGGCUUUCUUCCACAUCCCAAUUCCUGAGAUUCCGCAGCUAUAUUAUCAAAAGAUUGUUGGCCAGUUUCAGGAAGGUGUUGCUUGUUCAUUGGUUAACUCAGGGGUCUUGAAGACUUUUGUAUCAAUGGGGGAUGUGAAGGCUGUUUUUAUGGGGCAUGACCACACCAAUGAUUUCUGUGGGACUUUAAAUGGUAUCUGGUUUUGUUAUGGUGGAGGAUCUGGAUACCAUGGUUAUGGAAAACCCGGGUGGCCACGCAGAGUCAGAGUUAUAUCGGCUGAACUGGGAAAAGGUGAAAAAUCAUGGAGAGGAGUUGAAAGAAUCAGAACCUGGAAGCGUCUCGAUGACAAAAAAUUAUUAACUAAGAUUGAUGAACAAGUCUUGUGGGAGUUGUGGCAGCCAAGAUAAUCUUAUACCUUGUAUUGUCGUACGUAAAAAGAUUUGAUGUCCCUCUUGCUGUUGUAGGAUUAUUACAAGGCCUAAUUUUAGUGGAUGGUGCCGGCUCACUGGGUUCCUGCAGCUGACAUGUUUGGAGGUUAUUUUCAGAAACAAUCUUAGUUUGCUUCUCUUAUUUGCUUGGAUGUGAAGUAAUACACUGAAGAAGCCUACCUACAGUCAAUAUACAGGUUUGGGUUUU